AUGGGGAUAUGGUUCGCGCACAACUGGCGCCUGCCAAAGGUGUUCGUCGCGCUUCUGAUGAUCGAAUUUCCCUUGACUGUCGCUUGUUUGACUCUCAUGGGCGUUGCGCAUCCAAAUACCUACCGGACGAAAUUAUGGCAGAACGGGUUCGACAAGGGAUUCAAUAGUGCGCCGAACUCGAUUCUGUACGCAUACGCGAACUGGCAGGACCCAAAGACGCCGAUACCGUGGAGUCAUUAGUAUGAGAUAUCUGGAUUGGCUGUUGGAGGGACCAUGCUGACGGUGUCAUAGUAUGACUGAAUUCAACGUGGUGAUCUCGGUGCUUAGCAUGUUCAUCUUGCUGGCGAAGAGCGCCAUGUAUGUCAUGCACAUUUUCAUACCCGUCAUCAGUGUCUUUGCGCAUGCUUUGCUCGUGGCACUGUUCUCUGUCAGCAUCUACAACCAAUCAGCGCCGGAUUUGACCGACAAGGAGCAUCCGCAACAUGGCAUGCCGUGGUAUUUGAGCAAAGGAUGCAGUUACGCGGAGCCUGGGAACAAGGGGUACUGCCAGCAGGCACGGGCAAGCUUUGCUGUAGUGAUUGUCAUGGAGUAAGUGAAAGCCAUACGCUGGAGCAUUGGAGGCGAUUGUUGACACUAUACCAGCGCACUUUUCGUGGGGUAUCUGGUAUAUUCGAUAUGGAACCUGAAGCUCUCUCCCGAGGAGAAGGCGGAGCGUGAAGCUGAAAAGGAGGCGGACCUCGAGAUGAAGCAGGUCUUCAUGUACGGCACAGACGACGACAUCUCAAAGGAGGAUCGACGAGAGAUGAAUCGACAGAUUUUCUUGAACCUCCCGAAGACUCCCAACACACCUGGUUUUGGUGAACACUUGAACCCCAUGACGCCUCGGACGACUGCUUUCACGCAGCUCAAUGGCGGGCAAGCACCUACAGCAACAGGGCGAAGUGCAGGACCCAGUGGCAGACUCCCAUUUAGAGACUACAAUGGAACACCAGGAGCGCCCGACGGAAGGUGA